AAUUUCCUCUUUUUUACAUCAUGUCUGACAAUCCAGUAAUUCCGCCCAAGCCUGCGGGCGAUGGCCAACUUCUCUGCUUGUCAAUCUGUGGAUAUCGUCGCCCAGGCAUGACAGAGGAGGAAUACAGGCACCACAUGACGCAAGUUUCGGGGCCCAUGACCAAAGAUACCAUGGUAAAGUAUGGUAUUCAGCGAUGGACUAUGCUUCACAACACAACCGAGACUCGCGAAAUGAUGAAGUCUCUGUUCGAUGCACACAUGGUAAACUUGUGCGACUAUGACUGCUUCAGCCAGGUGUACUUCAAGAGCAUUGAAGAUUACAAGGCAAUCCGAAGCGAUCCUUGGUACAAGAAGGCAAUUGCAGGAGAUCACGUUAACUUUGCCGACACCAAGAGGAGCGCGAUGACGAUUGGAUGGGUGACAGACUUCAUUCGGGAUGGAGAGCUUUUCGAUGGAAGUAAAGAAGCCGUAGCAGUUGCAAAGACGAAGCGUUCGGAGAACGAGCCGCCAGUGAAGACGCAGGCUACGGCGUUGAUUGCUGGGUCGUUCCUUUCAGGCUGCAUGAUGUCGCUUUCGCUUAUGGCGGUUCCUGUCCUGUUGGACACGACUACAGAGUCACCCCAGCUGUUCCACCAAUGGACUCGCAUGUACCAUUAUGGACAUCAGGUUCUCCCAUGCAUGGCUGUGGGAACCUUUGUUCUCUAUCAAUACGCUGCGUUUAAGCGUAGCAGGGCCCCGAAGCCAAAGCCCUGGCGUAAGUUCGCUCUGGCCGGCGCCAUUACCUUGAGCUUGGUACCAUUCACAUGGAUCGUCAUGGUCCCCACCAACAACGAGCUCUUCAGGCUCCAGGCUCUCGGAGACGCCGCUACUAUGGGGAUAGUGGAGGCUAAGAAUCUGGUCGUCAAGUGGUCGCUGAUGCAUCUUACCCGAUCAGUGUUGCCGCUCGUGGGCGCCGUUCUCGGAGCCGUAGGAACAUUUGGAAGGGGUGGUGCCUAAACAUAGGAUAGUAUAUGUCUCAGCCUUCUACAAUGUUUCUAGAAUGAUUAGAAUGCGCG